GUUUGCUACUCAUCUUGCGACUAACUUGCGACUAAAUGUUUCUCCAUUGUAUUUUGGUUUUGCGACCAACCUUCGAUAUUUACUAGGCAAAAAGAAAAUGAGGUUUUCUUUUUAUCGAAUCGAUUCUGAAAACUCUCAAACUCUCAAACUCCUCUCUAGGGUUUCCUCAUCUCUUCUUUCUCGAUCUUGGUUCAACUCAUCCUUCUCUUCAAUUCCAUUUUCAUCAUCUCAUCUAAAUCUCUUCUUGUCUUUCUAUAAUGGCUGGAAAGGGGAAAUUAACUAGAGUCCAUGGUAGGAGAACAUCCAAAGGUGAAAAGCAAAGAAGGGGUCAACCUCAUCCUCAUGUUCAUCAUCAGCCACAGUUGCUAGAAUCUCGACGAAAGCCUUAUGUUCAGAAUCUCAAGAAACAACAAAACCCUAGUGAUGACCAAGCACAACAUCAAGACUUCCAACAGCUUUUAGCUCUUCCUGUCCGAGAGCAUCUAACAAUCUUGAGUCAGCAUCGUAUUCCAGGGAAAGAAACAUUAUGGUUUGGUCGUGACAAAGAACAAUUGUCUCGAGUUAUUGUUGAAAUAUUCCAGAGUAAGUUUGAUGGUCCUUACUUUAGUUGGGAGGUGACUCCUAUAAAAAUUCAAGAGAGAUACUUCAGAACAUUUGCGCGGAAGUACAAUUGGGAUAACGGGAUAACAGAGCUUGUGAAAGAUGGAUUCUUGAAGAUUGCCAAGAAACAGAUGAAAAAGAUCGCGAGUCAAGCUAAGAAGAGUGGUCAAAAGCCUGAAUGGAUUAGAGAUACCCUUUGGCGAGAGAUGUCGGUUCAUUGGAAUACUUUGGAUGAUAUGGAAAGGAGCUCAAAUGAAUCACAAUCUCAAAACUUCGAUAAUGGCGGCCUUGGAGUCCACAAACACUUUGGUGAGACUUAUGAGAAGAACAUGGAAAAGAGAAUGUCUCAAAUAGAUGAUGAUGAUGCAGAAUCUUCCGCAACUUCAACUCAACAAUCUACUCAUCGAACACUUCGAACACGUCGAACACUCACCAUUGAAGAACAGAAUGAGAUAUUUCUUAAGAGUGUUGAUAUAGAUGAGAAGGGGAACUAUUUUGCCAUUGGAUCACAAGUGGAAACACUUAACAAAGGUAAAAGAAAGGCAAACUAUGCGAGUGAUGAUUCUUCAUCGAUUCUAAAGCAUCAUCAUGAUCAACUGCGUCGUAAUAUGGCUGAACUUGAUGCUGAGAAAGCUCGACUUGAUGAGCAGCAACGACUUUUUAAGAGUCAGAUCGCAAGAUUAGAGAUGGUAUUCGCAUACAUGAAGGAAACAUAUCCUGAGUUUGCAGCAUUUGUCGCUACUCAACAAACCCGGCAAGCGACUACUACAUCAAACAUUGAACCAGCUAAUGCAACAACGGCUACUCCCCUAACUGCUCCAGGAACUACACUAGAAGCCACUCCAGUGAUUGCAUCAGCCAAUGCACCCUUGUCAAACAAGUCCUCAUCUACUUCUCCAGCAUCCUAAUAACUUAUAACUUUCUUUCUAGCUCUUCUUAUUUGUGAACUACUUUUGGAUUUGUACAAUUUUUAAUGAACAUGAGUAUCAUCUUUUGAUGUUUAAAUGAUAUGGUUGCCUAGUUUAGUAACAACAUUUUAUUUUUA